AUGUUAUUCUUCUCUCCGCUUAUCAAAGAAUACGAAAAGAUGGAGACCCCAGAAGAGCGUCUAACGAAAGCGCGAGAAAUUUACGAUCACCAUAUCAUGGUUGAAAUGCUCGCACAUGCUCACAACUACUCAAAGGACUCAUUGCAACACGUGCAGUACCAUCUGCUUAAAGGCAGUGUGCCACCGGAUUUGUUCCAGGUUUGCGAGUUUACUCCGUUGCUCUCGUACCCUUCCCACACAUUCACAGCCGUCCACUUAUCGACCACGCCUGUGUUGUUGUGGGCGUUGAUGAGUUCUUCCGCUCGGAAUCACCCGUGCUCCUUAUAUCGGGGCAAUAUGCACAGCGGUUUUUUGCACUCCCAGAUCUUGUCCAACGCUCUGCGAAAAAUAACUUUUUUUUUUGAGCGACAGAAGACUAGUUUGUUUUUUGACCAAGAUAUGGUUCCGGAUUUGGGUCAUCUGAAGUACCUUCUCUAAGU